GUUUUCAUCUCGAUUAAUCGACUUCUAACAUUUUACGUAGGUGUUCAUUUACCGCUUUGAGCAAAUUAAAAUAAAUCAGUUCAUGCGUUCAGUGAUUCUUUAAUAUGAUUGGUUUUGUCCCUUAAUUCCUCACUGGAUCUGAAUGCAUAAAUCAAUUAUAUUAAAGAAUUUUGCAAUAGUUCAGCACAAAACUGCAUUUUCUGCUGAACGCAGUGUGAAUUGUGUCCAAGGCUUUAGUUUUCUUACAUCAUGGCUGACUUGUCCGUCAUUUCGCGUUAAACAUCAAAUCUAGUUAAAUCUCUGACCGCGCGACGUAGGUUUACGUGCUUUUGCUCUUCGGCGAGAGAAACGCAAAACCAUCGAGCAUGCCGCUGCAUCGGUAUACGCACGCAAUCCUCUGCAGGAUCCCGUUGUCGCUGCGUACACGAGGUGAGGUAACAUUGGACGAAGCCAGGACGCAGCACCUGGCCCUGGCGCAGCUUCUCCGCGAGCUCGACAUCGACGUUGUCGAGAUGCCGCCCGACGAGAACUCACCGCUUUGCGUUUUCGUCGAAGACAUCGCCGUCGUUUGCAACGGCAUUGCCCUGAUUGCCCAUCCAAGCGAACCGUCUCGCCUCAAAGAGCUCGAUACUAUCAGAGCUGUGUUGAAAAAAGAGUUAGAGAUACCAUUGAUAGAAAUAAGCGACAAAAAUGCCCGCUUAGAUGGUGGAGAUGUGCUUUUUACUGGUAGAGAAUUCUUUGUUGGACUGUCUCAUUUUACAAAUGAAGCCGGAGCACGAGCAGUUGCUGCGGCAUUUCCAGAAUAUCCAUGCGUACCUAUCAAGGUGGGUGAUGGUGGCGAAGAGGUGAUAGUGGAGAGUCUUACCUCAGCCCCUCUUCAGGUGGCUGAAUCCAAACGUUUAAAAUCGCUGGUUACAAUGGCUGGACCAGAUGUUAUAUGUGUAGGGGCUGGAAAAGAAUCUCAGGAAGUUCUCAAGAGAAUCGAGCGAGAAGCAACAUACAGUUACCAAACAUUAACUGUACCCGAGGACGUAGACGCCAAAUCAAGUAAGGUGUUUGCUGAGAAGGUGGAGUUCCCGACUAGAUCGUUGCGUUUAUCUGAAUUAGCGAAAGUUAGCUCUGGUUUGUCCUCCUGUUGCUUGUUGGUGCGCAGACCGCGGCAUAUCCGUAGCAUUUAAACGCGAAAGGAAAAUAAGAUUUAUCUUGCGAUGUAAUCGCAAUCUAUGCCACCAGUGCUAUCCGCGAAACGUAAAAUCGAAUUUUCUUCUAUCGAAUCUGCGGAAAAAUACGAUGCAAUUCAUGACGAUGAUAAUUUAUUAUCCUGACAUUUUGAUAUUAUAGUAUUUUUUAAAUUAAUUUUUUAAAAGUUACUGUAUCAUUUUAUAUCUUACAAGAGAAGGAUUUAGUAUUUGAAGAGAUUAAUAUAUAUAUAUAUAUAUAUAUAAAAAC